AUGAACGCAAAUUCAAGAAACCAAGACAUUUGUGACGAUGAAAAUUUAUAUGGAAUAAGGAAAGUCACGUAUUGGGAAAUAUACGGUGUGAAACGUUUUCCAUAUCGUGGAAAGCGUAAACAUACACCAUUACUUAGCCAGUCCUUUGAUGGAGGGAUGGUUAUUACAAAUGAUGUUUUCGGACUAACAAUUAGACAGUUUGAACGAGUGUAUACAGCUUGUUUGGAAAGAAGGAAGAGAAAAGAACAGUGGAUAAUAAACCUUAGAUAUCCUGACAAAUCUUCAAAUGAAUAUCUGGAAUAUUUACAGAAUUGUACUGACAGCAAUACAGAUGACUUGCUUUGGAUCGAAAAUGAUCUUCGAGAGAAAUCGCUUUACGAACAUUUAGUAAAAAAAAUUAGUACUGAAAUAGAUAUACGAACGAGACAACGACUGUUCAUCUUGAAAGAUAUUUUCGACAAUGCACUAUGGACUUGUGGAACAAAAAUAUCAAGUGGAAGUUUAGCAGAAGGUCUCGAUUUACCAGGAAGUGACAUAGAUAUAAUGUACGUAAGAGAAGACGCAGACGUAAUCCAGAAUAUAAGUAACAUUAAACACCCAAUACAACGUAGGACACUAGUUAUGGAAACAGAUGUUGACUAUCCUGGAUUUGCUAGACUCAGAUAUGUAGCAAUAGAGCAAGAUGACCCCAUCGUGGUACUUUCUAACGGUAAAAUAGAGGAGAAAAUUACCGGAAAGAUAACCAAACUCAAAUCUGGAAGGAAGUAUGUAUCAGUUGACAACUUCAUUGAUAUGAAUAAGAGUUCGGUAUUAACGAGACCGGUAUGUGUACACGGUCCCUGUCUAUCAGACAAACAACAGACGAUUGAUGUUGCAUACUGUUUACGCAGUAAAUAUCUACCGCACAGCGUUAUUCCAUGGGCAUCACGUCAUCGACGGCAGUGGCCCCCUAAUUUCGUAAUUGACAGGAUUAUAAAUUAUGGAUGCUUAUUAGUACCUAUAGGACCUAAAACUUUACCAGACAAUGACCUUCUAUGGAGAUUGUCUUUCUCUGUGGCAGAAAAAAUGCUAAUACAUUCGUUUAAUUUCACUCAAUUAUUAUGUUACGGUCUACUCAAAUUAACGUUGAAGUGUACCGUUAACACAAAUAUGUAUGUCAACGAUUUGUUGUGUUCCUACUUUCUGAAGAUGACCUUAUUCUGGGUCUCGGAGGAGGAAGAUAUUGAUACUUUUCAGUUAUCUAAAUUGUUUCAUUGUUUUUCUCUUUGUUUAGAUAAAUUAAUGUCAUGGGUAAACAUCUGCUUUUGUCCGAACUAUUUCAUACCUGCACAAAAUAUGUUCUUAGGAAAGAUUAAUCAAAAUAACAAUAAGAUACUAGUUAGCGUACUUGAGAGUAUAAAAAUUGGAGGGAUAGGUGGAUUGUUGACAAAUUUAUUUCAGCAUGAAACUCACCGUAUAUUAUAUCCAAAGUGUGAAUCUUCGUUUAUGAUGUUAGACUUUCUCUUCUAUAGAAUAGAUAGAAUUAGAACGCCACCAACUAACAUUUCGAGCUGUUAUAAAGUACUUACAUUAACUGAAUCUUUCAUCAACUCGGAAUCAUCGUCAUUUACAACAGGUGUAUGUCAAUUAUAUUAUGCUAGAGCCAGUCAAUUUAUAUCACAACUACUACCACCUCCACGAAACAAUACAAAACACGUACAACGUACGCAAAUGGUAUCAUAG